AACUGUCCCUGGACCCUGCAGGCCUGGGCUCCCGGAACAGCAAUGAGGGCCACGAGGGGCCCAACCUGUAUGGCAACCAGACCAGCAACAUGGGUAACCAGGGGUCUGGUCCUCCAGGGGGUCCCCCAGGCGGCCCAAUCCCACCAACAGGAGGUCUUCUUGGGGCUCGCCCGGGCAUGAUCCCCCUCCAGCGUCCUCCGGUCCAUGCCCCUGGUCCUGUCCUCCCCCCUCACAUGCAGCGCUUCCCCCCUCCCCACGGUGGCCCCCAUGGCCCCCACCCCCCUCGGGGCCCCCCGCACCACAACAUGCCCCCCCACAUGAUGCCACCCCACCGGGGCCCACACCCACCCAUGAUGCACCAGGACGGCCCACCUCCGCCACCAGGUGCCCCGGGUGGAUUUGGGAUAGGCAUGCCCCCUCCCCACAGCAUGAGGGGUCCCUUCCCACCCCAUGGGCCACUCCCUGGGGGACCCCCGCCGCCAUUCAUGAGGGGCGGUCCCAGAGGGCCUGAGGGGCCUGAGGAGAUGGAUGGGAGGGGGCCGUUCAGAGGAGAGAGGCCCGGUUUUAGGGACAGAGAUCCAGAGAGGGAGAGAGAGAGGGACUGGGAGAGGGACUGGGAGAGAGAGAGGUUUGAAAGGGGAGGAAGGGGGAGGCGGUUUGGGGAAGGAGGGAGAGGAAGAGGAGGUGGGGAGAGAAUGGAGGAGAGGGAACGGUUUGGGGGAUGGCAGGAAGAGGGGGGAGACUCGAGAGGAGGAGGAGGAGGAGAU